AUGGACACAUUUCCCAAUCCCUCGAACCGUGCACCAUCUUUGGAAAAACCCUUGGCGGCCCAAAUGGAAAAAUCGUGGAAGCCAUUCGAUCGAUCGAUCCCUGUGUCGACACCUCUGAAUCAACAACUACUUCGGCACAUUCUUGUCACUCCGGUGGUCCUACACUUUGGCAAAGAUGGCGAAAAAACUGAGGCUAGCGCUGAGCUUCAAGUCAAAUGUAUUGGUGAGCAUCGAAUCGCUUGGCGUGUUUUGGGCACGGCUCCGAAGCGCUACCUCGUCUUUCCAUCCACCGGCUUCUUGGUUCCCAAUGAAAUUAUAAAGAUAUCAAUCAAAAUGUUCGACGUUAACAAGUACAGCAAACGACACAGUUUCCUUGUUCAAGCCUCAAGGGUCAAAGAAACGAUCAACAAUCGACGGGUGCUGUGGAAAUUGAUUGGAUUGGCCCCGAAGCGGAUGAACGAGUUGCAGAACGUACGCGUAUUCACCGGCUUAUUUUCUCGAUUGGCCGGCCACAGCUUGGAAACCUCGCCAACGAUAGUCCCCUCGGGCGUGAACGUUGCUGAAUCGCCAUCUCAAUCCACCACCAGCAUCGCCACUCCGCAUACCAGUGCCAUAGAUCUGCACGAAAAGCCCGGACAAGAGAAGAAAGUUAAUGAAGUGCUAAAUAGUGAAAUCAACUAUUGGGUCGACAAAGUUACCAAGGCUAUCCAUCAGAAAGCGCUCAGCUCGUCUCGACUGUUGAAAUUGGUUAAUGAGAUGAAGAUGCUUGAGGUGGAAUUGGAUCGUCUGCACUCGACGGUCAUCCAUUUGGGCGCUCGAAUCACCACAUUGAGUGAACAGGGUGAGGGAAUGGAGGGCUUACGAGAACCUUAUAUUGAAACUAACAAA